UCAAGCAAGGCAUUCUGGUCGAGGUGCAAGUGCGGCAACAUCUGAUGAAGCAGGUGGUUUGGAAGCUGUCCUCUUUUUGUCAACCAAAGCAGAAGUGAUGCUGACAUGUAACCUUUGGGCAGAAGUCGGUCUUUGCAAUGGCUCUUUUGGAACUGUUGAGCAAUUUUGGUUUGCAGAGAAUAUGGGUCCACCAAAUCUACCGAUUGCAGUACUGGUUCAUUUUCCAGCAUAUUCUGGCCCUGCAUUUCUACAAGAAUGUUCAAAGUGUAUACCUGUGCCUCCAAGACUGUUUGAGUGGAUGGCGGAUGGAAAGUAUUUGUCAAGACAACAAUUGCCCUUGCGGCUGAGGUAUGCAAUGACGAUACACAAGUCCCAAGGACAGACACUAACCAAGGCUGUUGUUGAUUUAGGUAAAGGGGAGAGAGUUGCUGGCUGCACAUUUGUGGCAGCAUCUAGGGUAAGAUCAAUUAAUGAUAUUGUGUUUGAACCUAUGACAUUUGAUCGUCUGAAAGUCAUUGGUAGGAAUAAAAAUUUGAAGAAGCGACAAGAAGCGGAACGACGACUUCGUGUGCUUGCAGAAAAGACUGAGCAGAGGCAUAAGCAUUGAAUAUAUGCAUAUAAAGAUAUGGAUUGUAUUGUAAGUUGUUAUAUCCUUUUGUUUAAUGAUACUGGGCACCAAUGUGCUUUCGAGGAAAUCAUAGUCGCCUGCUACUAGACACAAUUUUAGAAGUGAAGUUUGUAUGUCUUAUUACAACUUUGCCUCUAUAAUUUUGUUUUUGAGGAUGGCAAUGUACUGUACAUGUGUCAUAUUGCCUGUUACUAGACAUGAUAUCAGGUAUUAUGCUUUUGAGGGUGGCUGUUGACAUGUACACUAUAUCAAUCAGGUAAGUUACCUAUUUACAAUAACAAUCAAUGAAAUGAAAACCACAAUACCAUCGCGCGGGGAUAUUUCGUGAUUUGCCUGGUAACAAUAAUAAAGUACACGCAAAAUUCACGUAUAACAUAAAUUUCAAAAAGAGCGCGAAAAUAUCCUGCCGAUAUCCUGCUGUUUUUGGACUGCGGUAAGUCUUUUUCAAAAUAAAAAACUUUAUAAAAUAUUAAACAUUUCAAAAUUCGCUCGAAUAAAUUAUAAUAUACUAUUCCACAGUCGACAAUUUGAUUUACCAAUUUACGCACAGAUAUUUUAGGGAGAAACUUCUGUAUCCUUUUUAUUGCAUUUUAAAAUUGGCAUGUUUUUCCAACGCCGACGCGUAUUGUCUUUUGUGUUUAACUUUUCUCAAUAAACUAAUGAAACUAUUGUAUUUCUUAUAUAUUUUACAGCUACAAAAGUCAUAAAUAUUAUUUAAAAAAAUAUCAUCUACAAGGAGAGAAAAAAUGGAAAAUGAAGAAGAAGUACUUGAAAUUGAAGUUGAUGCAGAGGGUGAUGAAGAUCUAAGAGAAGCAGAGCAACCUGCCGUGGCAGUGGAUGGGCCAGAAGAUCAUCCACUCCCUGCACCACAAGGGAGAGGCUUGCCCCCAGAACAUCAUCCGCUCCCUGCUCUUCGGGGGAAAGGCUUGCUCCCAGGUUUCCGUGGACAUAUUGCAGGGCGUUGCUACAAGUGUGGCGUGCGGGGCCAUCGUGCUCGCGCCUGCCAAUCGCGGGCUGUUUGUUGGUUGUGUGGCCAGCGGGGCCACACAAGGGUUGUGUGCCCCCAGCGGCAGACUGGGCGCACAACACAAAAACGAGGGCAGCAAAAGCCCUCAAUGCAAUUUACAAACUGCACGUUUGAGAAGUUUAGUGCUUAAACUUCUCAAACGUGCAGACUAGGCUACGUUGACAUAUAAUCUCUAUACCAUCAUUGAUUUUUAACGUUAAACAUCACGCAUUCUAUACACAAGCAAAAUUGACAUUACGGGUUAAAAGGCGAUUCAAUCAAACAAUUAAUGAGAUAUCAGCAUGUGAAAAAUGAGCCAAUAAUGUUUUCAAUCUUAAUAUCGUUCUCAACAAUUCGACUACCCGAUGAGAAAUCACUGUAUGUCAACGUAGCCAAAUAUUGCGAGUUUGUUAUUUUAACUGUUAUGUAAAUAUUAAAUUUGUUCUGUUUUAAAAUGUUUUAUUUUUAUUGUAAAUACUUUAUUUUGUUAAAUAUAAUAUGAUUUUCACACUGUUUCGGAAAUGAUGUUGUUGCAUUAAGGUCCGGCGAGAGGUCACUGCAUGCAAUGUAUUUCUAGUUGUAUAGUUAUGUCGUCGCCUUGCGGGUUUGGAUUUUCAUCCUCGCCAGAACCGGCGUCGCCGUCCACUAUUGAAACUCUUCGAGAGAGAGAAAUAGAAGGCAGUUCGCCUAUCGGUAUUGGAUUCAGCAGUAACCAUGAGAACACGAGGAGUCCGCAAAGUGUGACGAGCUCUCCUGGGGAUUGAACGACUCCUGUUCACUCACAGUUAUCUAGCCUGUACUCUUCGCCUGUUGGAAUUGGAUUUAGCAGCAGUGACAACGAAAACACACUAAGUCCGCUAAACGUCGCCAACACUCCUCGUAUUUUUAUGACUUCUCCACUGUCUCCUACUCAACACUCGAAGGAAACUCAUCGCCUGCUAGCCCAUCACCAGACAACAGCCCUUCUAAAUCCCAAUCGCCUGUUAAACGUAGGAGAAUGCUCCAUUGUGACACCCCGUCUACAUGCGCACAAGAAAGCAGCGGACAACGAAAAACAAAGCGAAGUUUAAACUACGAGGGUGAUUCUGAAG